CCUGUUUAUUCGCGAAGAAACUCGAAAUCAUUCUCUUAUGGGCCUUAAUAUCCUCAAAAUGACACCAUUUCCUUCUUCUUCUUCUUUCUCCAAAGCUCUACUCCUUACCAAUGUGAAACCGGCCACUUUCGCUAGAUGUAUCAGUUCUUGUUCGAUAAAUUCUUCUGAUCCUGUUCUUCCGUGUAAUUCUCGCUUGAGAUUUCCAUUUUCUUCGCCGAAGGCCAUUAGCUGCUCCGUUUCUUCAUCUGGGUCCGGUGGGUUCCUUCACCAGAGCAAGCGCAGGUACCGUGGGAGCGUGGUCGUCGCCAUGGCUGCUUCUGGGUCGCUGCAGAAAUCUGAGGAGGAGUGGCGUGCUAUUCUCUCCCCUGAGCAGUUUCGAAUUUUGAGACAAAAGGGCACCGAGUAUCCAGGCACUGGAGAAUAUGACAAGUUCAUUGAGGAGGGUGUUUAUAACUGUGCCGGAUGUGGCAGUCCUCUCUAUAAAUCUACUACAAAAUUCAAUUCUGGGUGUGGUUGGCCUGCUUUCUAUGACGGUCUCCCUGGAGCCAUUAAUUGCAAUCCGGACCCUGAUGGAAUGAGGACAGAGAUCACUUGUGCAGCUUGUGGCGGACAUUUAGGCCAUGUAUUUAAAGGUGAAAGGUUUCCGACGCCCACGGACGAGCGCCAUUGUGUCAAUAGCAUAUCACUCAAGUUUGUUCCUGCAAAUUCUGGGUAGUUAAUCAUGUUGAUGCUAUUCAUUCUGUAUAAGAACAUGGCCGUGGUGGGGAUGUUUUAGAUGUUAACUUGUUCUAAUAAGAACUGAUGUGAAUUCUGGAUUGAAUUAUACUUUUGUAUUUGUAUUACUUCAUGGUUUCUUGCAUUGCCAUGCAAAAUGUUUUCCGAGUUU